AUUGGAAAAACAAGGGACCUGCAGGAGGAGGCGGCGGUGGCGCCGGAGCCAGGGAAGAUGGCGGACGGUGUGGACCACAUAGACAUUUACGCGGAUGUGGGCGAAGAGUUCAACCAGGAAGCUGAAUAUGGUGGGCAUGAUCAAAUAGAUUUGUAUGAUGAUGUCAUCUCUCCAUCUGCAAAUAAUGGAGAUGCCCCAGAAGACUGUGAUUACAUGGAUACUCUUCCACCAACUGUUGGUGAUGAUGUGGGUAAUAAAGGAGCAGCACCAAAUGUUGUCUAUACAUAUACUGGAAAGAGAAUCACAUUAUAUAUUGGAAAUCUAACAUGGUGGACAACAGAUGAAGACUUAACUGAAGCAGUUCAUUCUUUGGGAGUGAAUGAUAUUUUGGAGAUAAAAUUUUUUGAGAAUCGGGCAAAUGGCCAGUCAAAGGGGUUUGCACUUGUUGAUGUUGGAUCUGAAGCAUCUUCAAAAAAGUUAAUGGAUCUUUUGCCUAAAAGAGAACUUCAUGGUCAGAAUCCUGUUGUAACUCCAUGCAAUAAACAGUUCCUGAGUCAGUUUGAAAUGCAAUCCAGGAAAACUACACAGUCAGGACAAAUGUCUGGGGAAGGUAAAGCUGGUCCUCCAGGAGGCAGUUCACGUGCAGCAUUUCCACAAGGUGGUAGAGGACGGGGCCGUUUUCCAGGGGCUGUUCCUGGUGGGGACAGAUUUCCUGGGCCAGCAGGACCAGGAGGGCCACCCCCACCUUUUCCAGCUGGACAGACUCCACCACGUCCACCCUUAGGUCCUCCAGGCCCACCUGGUCCACCAGGUCCUCCACCUCCUGGUCAGGUUCUGCCUCCUCCUCUAGCUGGGCCUCCUAAUCGAGGAGAUCGCCCUCCACCGCCAGUUCUUUUUCCUGGACAACCUUUUGGGCAGCCUCCAUUGGGUCCGCUUCCUCCUGGUCCUCCACCUCCAGUUCCAGGCUAUGGCCCCCCUCCUGGUCCACCACCUCCACAACAGGGACCACCUCCACCUCCAGGUCCCUUUCCACCUCGCCCACCAAGUCCACUUGGGCCACCCCUUACACUUGCUCCUCCUCCGCAUCUUCCUGGACCACCACCAGGUGCCCCGCCGCCAGCUCCACAUGUGAACCCAGCUUUCUUUCCUCCACCAACUAACAGUGGCAUGCCUACAUCAGAUAGCCGAGGCCCACCCCCAACGGACCCAUAUGGCCGACCUCCACCAUAUGAUAGGGGUGACUAUGGGCCCCCUGGAAGGGAAAUGGAUACUGCAAGAACACCUUUGAGUGAAGCCGAGUUUGAAGAAAUCAUGAAGAGAAAUAGAGCAAUCUCAAGCAGUGCUAUUUCAAGAGCUGUGUCUGACGCUAGUGCUGGUGAUUAUGGGAGUGCUAUUGAGACUUUGGUAACUGCGAUUUCUUUAAUUAAACAAUCCAAAGUGUCCGCUGAUGAUCGUUGCAAAGUUCUCAUUAGCUCUUUGCAAGAUUGCCUUCAUGGGAUUGAGUCUAAGUCAUAUGGUUCUGGAUCAAGACGUGAACGAUCAAGAGAGAGGGACCAUAGUAGAUCGCGAGAAAAGAGUCGGCGCCAUAAAUCCCGUAGUAGAGAUCGUCAUGAUGAUUAUUAUAGAGAGAGAAGCAGAGAACGAGAGAGACACCGGGAUCGGGACCGAGAUCGGGACCGAGAACGUGAUAGAGAGCGCGAGUAUCGUCAUCGUUAGAAGCUGAAGGAAGAGGAACACCUUCCAAGACAAAACAGUCUUCAUGGGGGAAAAUGACGCUUGUCCAGCAGUUUGCUUCUUGUGAUUGAACUGAACCUGUAAGGAUUCAUGGAUAAAGUGGACAGGAAUAGACCUGAAUAAAGCAAAUCUGCACAAAUGGUAACCAGUAGCUCUACUUUUAUUUUUUAUGUUGCUUAACUGUUUUAUUUGAAGGAAACCUGUGUGAUUUAAAAUGUUAAAGCUUUUGCAACUUUAUUACUGGUUAUAUACAUUUGGCCAUUAUAAUGUGCAAGCAAUUGGAAAAACAAAAGUCAAGUAAAUGCUUGUUUUUAUAGUAGUUUGUUCUUGUUUAAAAAUGUUCAUAUGAUGUCUGUAAACAGCACCACUUUGAUUACAAUAGAUGUAGUGUUGUAAUAAACUGUUUAAUGGG